AAAGUCGCUAAGUUGGCAACACUGCUUCAGCUACACAUGCGCUUUUGUCGGAACGAGGUCAAAAUGUUUUUCACGCUGUUUUCAGCAACCACCUGGACUUUGCUUGCCCUCCUUUUCACGCUGAUAUUACUGUACGGAAUAUGGCCAUAUCGGUUAUUCAAAAAGCUGGGGAUACCUGGACCGAGACCCCUGCCUUUUAUUGGAACGAUGCUGGGCAUGAAGAAGGGAUUUCUUGCUUUUGACCUAGAGUGCCAUGCCAAGUAUGGGGACGUCUGGGGGUUGUACGAUGGACGAACGCCAGUGUUGAUGAUUGCUGACCCUGAGAUUGUUAAAACUGUGAUGAUGAAGGAGUGCUACUCUGCAUUUACCAACCGCAGGGAUCGAGCAGACUUUCUGCAGGUGUUGAUUCAGAGUGAGAUCCCAGAAAAGACGUAUAAGGAUUAUGAAGAACAGCCAAGUAAAGGUUUGACAGAACAUGAGAUGCUUUCCCAGGCCUUGAUCUUCAUCUUUGGAGGCUACGAGACCACCAGUACCACUCUAACUAACAUCCUUUAUAAUCUGGCCACCCACCCUGAUGCGUUGCAGACCUUGCACAAAGAAAUUGAUGCUAACCUGAAGAAAGAUGCACCCAUUUCAUACGAGGAGCUGACCGGUCUACAGUACCUGGACCAAGUUAUACUUGAAUCAAUGCGACUGAUUCCCACUGCCCCUCGAAUUGACAGGACAUGCAAAAAAACUGUGCAGGUGCAUGGCUUCACCAUCCCCGAGGGAACCAUAGUUGGGGUUCCUGUGUGGUUGUUGCACAAAGACCCACGCUACUGGAACUCACCUGAGCUUUUUAGACCAGAGAGGUUCAGUAAAGACAACAUGGAAGAGGUGAACCCAUACACGUUCAUGCCAUUUGGACUCGGCCCUCGUAACUGCGUUGGGAUGCGCUACGCCAUCCUCGUUAUGAAAAUGGUUAUUGUCCGUCUCUUGCAGAAGUACACUUUGGAAACAUGCAAAGAGACCAUGAUUCCACUUGAGUUUGACUGGAAGUUUCAGCCAGUUCAGCCUGUAAAACUCAAGUUUGUUCCCAGAAAUCAGUAGUCUAAGAGGGAGCUGCUACCAUGAUGAUGUUCAUUGUGCAUUUUUUUUUCUACUGCUAAAUUUUAAAAGGUUAUCAAGUCAGUGCAGUGUAAACACUUGAAUUUUCUUGCAGCAUUAAUAAAUUUUAAUGACUUUGGAUUU